CUUCCGAAUCGCAGCCCUGCAAAAGAUCAACCAGCCUCAGCGCUGCUCUCUGCAUACGAAGAGGCUAUGGGUACGCGUCUGCAAGGCUGCAUGAUUCUAUAGGUCGGCCUGGCCGUAUUCCGCCCAGUGCUUUUCAGCAUGGCUUCGCUCAGCUCAGGCUCUGCAUCUGCGGGAGCAAAUUUCUCGUCGCAUCCACGUACCCAUACAGCGUCAGGUAGGUCGUUCGCCGAAUGCGGAGAUAGUGGAGUUCGUCUAGAAUAGUAAAAAGGCACUGGCAGCGCGGCCAUUUUCCAAUGUUUCAAAGAUACCCUUUAGUUUAGAUCGGCGGUAACACGUCGUAUUUCCUCUCUCACUCCAUAAUCGUUUUCUUAUCCUCCUUUCAAGUUGUUACUUUAUUCAUAAUCCAUAUUGUCAUGGGGUCGUACUCGAAAGGCGACAUUGAUACGUCUGAUAUCGCCGUCGUGGGCCUCGCUUGCCGCUUCCCAGGCGGUGCUUCGAACUCUACCAAGUUCUGGGACUUGUUGUAUGAACGCAAAUCUGCGUACUCCGAAGUGCCCCAAAGCCGCUACAAUGCCAAAGCUUUCCACCACCCGGGCGGCGAUAAACUCAACACCCUGAGUUGCACAGGCGGUCAUUUUCUAGAACAAGAUGCCUCUGCCUUCGAUGCGCCUUUCUUCAACAUCACAGCUCAUGAGGCAAAGGCCAUGGACCCAACCGCAAGGAUGCUCCUCGAAGUGACUUAUGAGGCACUUGAAAACGCCGGCUUGCCGAUUGAGAACCUCACAGGAAGCGACACUAGCUGCUAUGUUGGCUGCUUCACCCGGGACUAUCACGAAAUGCUGAUGCGAGAUGCUGAGACCUCGCCCAUGUAUGCUGGUACAGGCACCGGUUUCUCACUCUUGUCAAACCGUGUCUCAUGGUUUUACGAUUUUCGAGGCCCGAGUAUGACGUUAGACACAGCAUGUUCUUCCAGUCUUGUCGGUCUGCAUUUGGCAUGUCAAGGCCUCCGCGCAGGAGAGUCCAAGAUAGCGGUAGUGAGCGGUGCGAACUUGAUCCUCAGUCCAGACUUAGCGAUGUUUCUAUCAAACCUUCACAUGCUGUCCAAGGAGGGGCUGUCAAAAUCCUUUGCAGAAGGGGUCACCGGAUAUGGCCGAGGCGAAGGCAUCGCAACCGUCAUCUUAAAGCCUCUUGCAGAUGCUUUACGCGACGGUGACUCUAUACGCGCCGUAAUCCGAGGUUCCGGUAUUAAUCAAGACGGACACACAACAGGUAUCACGCUGCCGAACAGCGACGCGCAGGCUAGCUUGAUCCGAUCGACCUAUCGCUCUGCCGGGCUCGACUUUUCACAGACCAGCUAUUUCGAGGCGCAUGGGACUGGCACCGCAGUUGGGGACCCACUGGAGCUUUCCGCUGUCGCUAAGACUCUCGGCAAAGGGCGCCAACCGGGCAACGAGCUUCUGGUUGGCUCGGUGAAAUCAAACAUCGGUCACCUAGAAGGUGCAGCAGGGCUAGCUGGUUUUAUCAAGUGUGUGUUGAUGUUGGAAACUGGCAUCAUCUUGCCCAACAUUCACUUCGACAAACCGAACCGGCGAAUACCGUUCGAAAAUUGGAAAAUUCGCGUUCCAACGUCAGCUAUCCCAUGGCCUUCUGACGGGCUUCGACGCGUGAGCGUGAACUCCUUCGGCUACGGCGGUACGAAUGCGCAUGUCAUACUCGAUGAUGCUGGCCAUCAUCUUGCUGAGUUGGGCAUACGUGUUGAUCAUAUCCGUAACGCACUGGUUCAAGAAUACGGGAAAAAGGUCCCCAAACACCGCCUCUUCAUAUUUAGUGCACGAGACGACGCUGCCUUGGAUCGGAUGAGGAUGCAAUACCUGCACUAUUUGGAAUUAAUUGAAUUCAAAAAUACACUAAAAGAUGCGGCCACCGAAAGUGCGUAUAUGGACAGCUUAUCAUAUACGUUGAGCAACCGACGUUCCAAGUUCGACUGGAAAGCGUGCGUGGCUGCUUCAACUGUUGUGGACCUGAAAAAUGCCCUUUCGGCGUCGAAAUUCGCGUCCACGCGAUCAUCCACCACGCCUCGCAUUGCCUUCGUAUUUACUGGCCAGGGCGCGCAAUGGGCUAGGAUGGGUAUAGAACUAUUACAAUACCCAGUUUUCAGAGCUAGUGUUCUCGCUGCCGACCGGUAUCUGAAGGGGACACUGGGCAGCGAAUGGUCCGCUACUGAGGAACUCGAAAGAGAUGCUGGAGCUACCAAUAUUCAACUUGCCAGAUUCAGCCAGCCUAUUUGCACCAUUCUUCAAGUCGCCCUUGUUGAUCUUUUCACGUCCUGGAACAUCAAACCUGUGGGAGUGGUGGGUCAUUCCAGCGGGGAGAUUGGAGCUGCUUAUAGCUUCGGUGCGAUAUCUCGAGAGGACGCCUGGAAGAUCUCGUAUUGGCGAGGAAAGCUGUGCUCUGAGUUGGCUACAGAGGCACCUGAAUUGAAAGGUGCAAUGAUGGCUGUCGGCUUGUCUUCCAACGACGCCGAGAAGUAUAUCGCAACAGUCACGAAAGGCAAGCUUGUCGUCGCUUGCGUCAACUCUCCGUCUUCCGUUACUAUUUCCGGAGAUGAAGCUGCAAUUGAUGAGCUUCUCGAGAACCUCAACUCAGAUGGCGUCUUCUGUCGGAAGCUGAAGGUCGAGAAUGCCUACCACUCUCAUCAUAUGGGAAUUAUUGCAGACAGAUACCGCGAUCGGAUAUCAGACAUAUCGUCUAGAACACUGCCACCAGAAGGGAAUAUGAGAAUGGCCUCCAGCGUCACUGGUACCCUUGCGACGUACGCCGAUCUCGGGCCUGACUACUGGGUUCGAAACCUUGUUUCUCCAGUGCUCUUUUCCGACGCUGUUCAAACUUUAUCCAAAGACACCACACAGCGCAGACGUCGAGCAGCUCGAACGACAGAGGUGACUUUCGACAUUUUGCUCGAAGUGGGACCACACGCUGCAUUGAAGGGUCCUUUGAGGCAGAUUAUGCAACAACAAGAGAUCAAAAAUAUCCCAUAUGAGUCGGUUCUCAUGCGAGGAGAAGCUGCCACCAAAGCAGCCGUCGCGGCGGCUGGGGCACUUUACAUCCGUGGUGUCCCAGUGUCCAUCUCAGAUGUCAACGACUUGCAGACUGAGCCCAAAGCACUCCUCGAUCUGCCAUCCUACCCGUGGAACCACUCUUUGAAAUACUGGUCUGAGUCCAGGCUGAGCAAAAAUUACCGCUUCAGAGAGCACGGUCGGCAUGACUUGGUCGGCGCAUUGACUCCGACAUCAAGCGAACUGGAGCCAAGAUGGAGACAUUUCCUCCGGCCUACUGAGAAUCCCUGGAUCCGUGAUCACGUUGUCCAGUCAAGUAUCUUGUACCCAGCGGCGGGAAUUCUCGCAAUGCCUCUGGAAGCAAUACAGCAGAUUGCCGACAAAGAGAAGCAAAUUGAAAGUAUCCAGCUCAGAGAUGUUCGUAUCACUAAAGCUAUGGUCGUACCGGACGACCAGCUGGGUGUCGAAUGCUUCUUGCAGUUGCGGCACCAACGGACCGGAUCUAGCGGCGCUUCAGCGGGCUGGUGGGAGUUCUCUGUGUCUAGCUGCCACGAGGACCAAGAUGUUGAAGAAAAUGCCUUCGGAUCGAUCAAGGUCAAUUACAAAUCUGACGAGAGCGGCCCCUGGGCCACCGGCAAAAGCUUGCUCCAUGCAGCGCUGAAGGAUGAGUACGAGAGCUCCAAGAGACUAUGCACACGGAAGAUUGCCCCCGAAAAUUUCUACAAGAGGACUGAAGAGGCAGGUCUGGCGUAUGGACCUUGUUUCCAAGGCCUGACUAACAUCUCUUCGGGCAAUGGUCGCGCUUGCUGCACUAUUGCUAUUCCGGAUACGAAGGGUGUGAUGCCAUCCAGCAUCGAAAGCGGACAUCUCAUCCAUCCCACCACUCUGGACAUUAUCUUUCAUUCGCUAUUUGCCGGACUCGGUGCCGAAGAGCUGGAGUUUCAGAAUGCAGCCGUUCCAAUCUCUUUUGAUAGCCUCACGCUCUCUAUGGACCUUCCUUCUGGCGCGGGUGCUCAAUUCAAAGGGUUCUGCCAGACAACAAGAGCCGGCCCACGAGAAGUCGUCGCGGAUGUGUACAUGUCAGAUGCCACUUGGGAUGAGCCAAAGGUGCAGAUCAAGGGCAUACGAUGCAAGGAGCUGCCGAGAACUGAUGUAUCAAGUUUGUCGGACGGAGCUGCGAAGGCCCCCUUUGGAACGCUACUUUGGAAGCCGGAUAUAACUCUACUAAACCCUGCUUCGUUGGAGGAGUAUAUCACUUCGGGCAGCAUCGCAAAACCGGCUACGAAUGGGACGGGCCAAGGAGCAAUUAUCUACCUUGCAGCGCAUAAAAACCCCGACUUGUCCAUUCUUCAGAUCGGCGCUACUGGAACUGACUUGCCAGCUUCGGUCCUGUCCACGCUCCAGCACACUCCAACUGCCACACCAAAUUUCUCAAAUUACACCUUAGCUGACGCCGACAAACCAAAGUUGGAAGCCGCCGAGAGUAGUCUUCAGGACUGGGGAUCUCUGCUAGCUUUCAUUACCCUAGGUUCCGCUUUCGAUCUUCAAGAGCUUCAAGAAACGUCAUUUGAUGUGAUCAUCGUAGAUACCGGCUCCUGCGAUAGCACGAAAAGGGAAGACCUAUUCCGCAAUGUGCAGGCACUGCUGAGUGAGACGGGAUACCUUUUUGUUCUGAACGUUCGUACUGAUCAGUAUUGUAGGUCUUGGAACGCCACAGAAACUAAGCUCAAGCUCCAUCCCUUCGAGGAGGCAUCGCAGAAUGCUCUAUUCCUCGCCACGAAUCCUACCAUCGAAGAACGCGAUGGUGACCCUAUCUACGUUCUUCAGCCACAUAAUACAACAGCAAGAGCAGCCGAGAUCUGUGAUGCAGUAGUAAGUAGCCUUGCUAGCAAGGGAUUAGAGGCACGCUCUGUCGAAUGGACGCAAUCGCUCGCGGAAAUGAAGGGGAAGCGACUGGUAUCUUUGCUUGAAUUAGAAAAGCCACUGCUGGCCGACAUAUCUCCGGAAGAUUACGACAUACUGAAAAGCGUCGUUCUGCAGAACCCGCAGCUACUGUGGGUUUCUAUAGGAGAAGACCCUGUCAUGGAUGCGGCUCUGGGGUACCUGAGGGCCUUGAAGAACGAGAACUUGAACCUCGAUGUUCGGUAUUUACACCUUGAAGACAAGACUGUCCGAACUCCAGAGGACCUUGCAAAGACCAUCACCAAAAUAGCAACAGUGCGGAAUGGCGACCGGGAAUUUGUCGAGAUAGACGGCCGUCUAUGCAUCAAUCGAUGGGUCUCGGAUGAAGGUCUGAGCAGGAUGAUAUUGAAUGACCAGACAGCAGGCUCGCCUGAGUAUAUGGCCAUUGGAGAGGCUCAGACGGGCUUGGAACUCAAUGCUGGGAGUCUUGAUCACCUAGAUUCCUUCUUCUUUACCAUUGACACGGACUCAUCAUCUGAGCUCGCCGCCGACGAAGUAGCUAUUGAAGUCAAAGCCAUUGCUAUCAAGGACAGAGAUGCUACGUCUGUCAAAGAGAUCAGCGGUAUAGUGAAAUCGGUAGGAAAUGGCGGCUCGAACCUUAAACUGGGCGAUCGCGUUUGCGCCACAGGCACUGGGCCCUACCGAACGAUCUUCAAAACCAAAGAGCGUCUCUGCCAGCAGAUCCCUGAUGAAGUCACGUUCGAAGAAGCCGCUUCGUGGCCGCUUACUUAUGGCGCUGCUUAUCUAGGUCUCAUCCAGACUGGACGUCUGCAACCAGGUCAAUCUGUUCUAAUUCGCGCUGCGGCUAGUCCGAUCGGCCAGGCGGCUAUCAGAAUAGCACAGGCAUACGGAGCAACGAUCUUCGCCACCGUGGAAACCAACGAAGAGAGCUCUCUUCUUAAAGAAUCAGGUAUCCCUCAAGAUCAUAUCCUUAAUGACGGGGAUCAACAGUUGGCUGCUGCUAUCGCCACUUUGUCUCAGGGUGGAGGAUGCGAUGUGAUUCUCAACAAUUCGACAUCGAAAAUCGGAGAGAGCUGGCGGCGAUUCUGGGACAGCAUAUCCUCAUUUGGUAUUCUCGUCAAUCUCCAAGACGCGGCCGCUUCAAGCGACUCCUCCUUGGCUACGCUACCUUCCCGGAGGGGUGCUUCUUUCUCGACCAUCGAUAUGGAUCUCAUCGUCCGAGAAAACCCUUCGCUGAUGGCCGACAUAUUCCAAGGACUAUCUUCAUUCCUGGCCAAACAUCCUAUCAAACCGAUCGGUCCGCCAUCAGUUUUCUCAGCUGAUAAAGUCGUCGAAGCCUUCGCUUCUUUGGACAACCAGGGCAGCGCAAUUCUCUCUUUCAACCAGCAAGACCAAAUUCCAGUCUCUACGGGUACCCUGAACCCCCUCUGCCUCGACCCAAACGCCACCUACAUCUUAGUCGGCGGUCUCGGGGGUCUCGGUCGCAGCCUCGCCAGACUCCUCAUCGCCAAGGGCGCCCGCCACCUCGUCUUCCUCUCCCGCUCCGGCCCCAGCUCUCCCAACGCCAAAUCCAUGACCGACGAACUCACCUCCCUCGGCGCCACCUCUCGAAUCUACGCCUGCGACGUCUCCGACUCCACAGCCGUCCAGGCCGCCAUCCAUCAAUGCUCCCAAGACAUGCCCCCCAUCCGCGGCGCCAUCCAAAGCGCCGCCGUCCUCAACGACUCCAUCUACGAUAACAUGACGCACGCCCUCUGGCAGGGCGCCGUCAAGCCCAAGAUCCAAGGCUCCUGGAACCUGCACACUGCCCUCCCUAAAGACCUAGACUUCUUCGUCAUGCUCUCCUCCAUCUCCGGUGUCGUCGGGAACCGCAGCCAGGCCAACUACGCGGCCGGGAACACGUUCCAGGACGCGCUCGCGCACUACCGCCGCAAGCGCGGCCUGCGUGCUGUCAGCAUCGAUCUGGGGCUGAUGCUGGGCAUCGGGCUGAUCGCUGAGCGCGGCGGUGGCACGAAUCUGCGGAAGUCGGAGGCAGUGGGGCUGGAUGAGAGCGAGUUUCACGCUAUUGUGACGGCGGCGAUGAAGGGGGGGUUUGGGCGGAGUCAGAUGCCGACGCAGUUGGUUACAGGGCUGCCGACGGGUGGGAUCCUCAAGCGGAGCGGGCUCGAGAUGCCGUUCUACUACGAAGAUCCGCGGUUCUCCCUGCUCAGGAAAACGGGGCUCCAAGACGUGGCGGACGAGGAGGGGGAUGGCGGUGCCGGCGCUGAAGGGGACUCGUUGCAGGCGCAGCUUACGCAGGCGACCUCGAUUCAGGAGGCGGGCAGGGCGAUCAGUGCGGCGCUGGCGGCGCGGCUGGCGAAGGGGCUGCAGACGGCCGCUGAGAACAUCGAUGUGGAGAAGCCGCUGCAUUCGUACGGGGUGGAUUCGCUGAUGGCGGUGGAGACGCGGACGUGGAUUAUGCGGGAGGUGAAGGCGGAUGUGAGUUUGUUUGAUGUGCUGAGUGGAGCGAGUAUUGCGGCAUUGGCAAUGAAGAUUGCGGGUUUGUCGAAGUUGGUUCCGGAUGGGCUUGAGUAAGAUGGGUACGGUGUUUGAAGAGUAUUUUCGUAGGCUGUUUUCGGUUUUUCAUGUAUUGGAUAUAGUUAUCAUGAUAGCUUGAAUGUAGGAUUUAGACUCUAGUCUCGCCUCC